AUGCCAGCAAAUUACACCAUAGACGCCAAGCCUGGCUUCAACUACAAGAUACUUGAAGCCCUGCCAAAUCCCAGCGCUCGACCUGAUUCCAACAAUAAAACACGCGGAGCACGUUCGAAGUCCAGUGGAGACAUACCAUCGGAUGAGCUAGAACGUUCAUUCAAAGAGACUGCUCAAGCAUAUCUAUCUAAGGUUCAACACAAUUCGCACAAAAAUGGCUCAAGCAUUGUAAGCCCUCUGACGACGGAGACAGGAUCCAGCGCAAGUAGAAACAAGCCUACCGAUAACGAUACGUUCGCCAUUCAGGUACGCUCAAUGCAUUUCAAACCAUCCUUCCUAGUUCUCUCAGUCCACGAGACUUUCGACAGCCUUCGCAACAAUCUAGACGCCGGGGUAAUCGCAUUGACUUAUUAUGACCCAAUUGACCAUUAUAUCAAGGACGAGUUGAUUCAUGACCAGAACAUCUUCGCUGUGUUGAGUUGGGCAAAGGAGCACAAGAAAUAUGGGCCACUUACCCCUCGUCAGGACGAGUUUCUUGGUUCUGAAACAAUGACUUCUUCUCGUCUCGACAAAGCAUCCGCUGAAACCACAGAAAGUACGACUAGCAUAGACUCGGGAGACAACUUGAAAGCCAGAGAUGCCGGGCAAGCUCCCUGCCGACGCGUUGCUUUCGUAUCUCCAUCAGGGAAUGAUUCUUCCAGGGCCUCUGGCCACAUAGCUGGAGGAGAGGGGCCCCAAAAAGGGUUAGAUCUAGAUUCUGCCCCGAAAGACAAUGAGCAAGCCCGCUCGCAUCACUUUACGUCCAGUCUAAUCGAGGAUGGCUGUUCCUUCCAAUCUAAUGCCUCAACGGCAGUGGCCCCACAGAAGGCUCUAGGUGACCGCCAGCUCAGUCAACGCGACGAAGUCCCCUUAAACAGAAAUAUCCCCAAAGACGACGAAGGUUUUGCCUCUGACGCACAAAAAGCUGGCAAAGAAGUGAGCGACCAAAUCUUCACUCCAUACAUGUCGUCCCUCGACGACCAUACCACCCUUGCAAAGUAUAUGGUUCACCUGGUAUCAAAAGGGCUGCUCUCUAUGGACGACUAUCACAAGCUGACGUUGCCUAUCGUGGUUUAUAAUUCUAUUCGCCGCGGUAGAGCCGACCCAGAUGCCAUAAAGAUUGUUGUCUUUGGAGUCAACGAGACGUUCGAUACGUUGCGCGAUGAGUUGAAGGCCACUGCGUUGCGUUUCAUUUACAAAGAGCCCUGUCUUGGUGGGACAUGUCUAGAUAAGCUUAUCAGUGAGAAGAAUGUCACGGGAUUGUUGCGGUACGCAAAGGAGUACAAGAAUGGGGCGAUUGAGAUUUUGAAGGAGGAAGCCUAG